AUGGGCGCCUAUCUCUAUGGGCGCCUAUCUCUAUGGGCGCCUAUUCUAUGGGCGCCUAUCUCUAUGGGCGCCUAUCUCUAUGGGCGCCUAUCUCUAUGGGCGCCUAUCUCUAUGGGCGCCUAUCUCUAUGGGUGCCUAUCUCUAGGGGCGCCUAUCUCUAAGGGCGCCUAUCUCUAUGGGCGCCUAUCUCUAGGGGCGCCUAUCUCUAGGGGCUCCUAUCUUUAUGGGCGCCUAUCUCCAGGGGUGCCUAUCUCUAUGGGCGCCUCUGGGCGCCUAUCUCUAGGGGCGCCUAUCUCUAUGGGCGCCUAUCUCUAUGGGCGCCUAUCUCUAUGGGCGCCUAUCUCUAUGGGCGCCUAUCUCUAUGGGCGCCUAUCUCUAUGGGCGCUUAUCUCUAUGGGCGCCUAUCUCUAUGGGCGCCUAUCUCUAGGGGCGCCUAUCUCUAGGGGCGCCUAUCUCUAG